UGUGUUCAUUACGACAACAACAUGUUAUUUGAUAAAACAAGCAUUUUAAUGUUCUCCUGUUUGAUGGGACAGUUGCAUAGUGCUCCUUCAUCAUACGAUAAAAUGAUUUCCAUGCCUUUAGUUGAUAACGUUGGAGCAACAUUAAAAGCCGAUUUGGAUGUAACCAAGAUGAAUAGAUACUUGCAUGAAUAUAUUCAACAGGAAGUUAGCCGAGGCGUGUCGACAGCCAUGGCAGGAAUGGUCGAAACAAUGGUAGAAAAUAAAACGCGUGCUUUCCAAACAGAACUUGAAGCAAAAAUUGUCGAUAAGAUGAAACAGCUUGAUCAGAAAGAUAAAGAAAAACAUGCGUUUUUCGCACAUCUGUCCUCGGAAAAGGAAAAUCUGAUCGAUUGAACAGUGGUUAUAUAUGACAAAGCACCACUCAACGUCGGUGGUGGAUACGAUACUGCAAGUGGAAAGUUCACAUGCAGAGACGACGGUCUGUACUUUUUCUCAUGGACAACACUAUCAUAUCCAAACAAAGAUUUUACAAGUGCAUUAUUCGUGAAUGGAAAUGGCAUAGCAGAGAACAUUGUAGACAAUGACGUAACUAACGAUGCGAUGACUGGUUCCAGCAGUGCUAUAUUUCAAAUGAGAAAGGGAGAUGUUGCAUGGAUAGGUGUUGUUGGAGCCGAAGGAACGUACCUUUAACAUACUUGGACAAAAGGCAUACCGGCAUCUGUGUUUACU